AUGCCCAUGGCCACUGAUCCCGCUGCCUAUCCACAAGGCGCCGAGAACAUUCAUCAGGAUGCAGACCCAGAACCACAGCGCGGCCGAGGCUCUACGAGGAGUACCAAGUUGGCUGCACCGUUGCGAAUACCCAAGAACCGCAGCACUGGAAAUCUCGCCGUUGUGGCCGAAUUUCCUGAGAGAACGAGGUUGAGGUUCUCUUUUGACACCGGAUCAGGUGUGGCAGAAUCUGACCAAAUCACAAGAUCUCCCAUAAUUACCGAACAUGACCAUGGGCUGGGUAUCUCUGGUCUACGACGCAUCCGUCAGCAUCCCACUCCUCGCACUCCUACGAUGCCUUCGAGCGCCGUAUCUUCGCGAAGUCCGUCUGCCGGUCUCCUUCGCUCCACCUCGAUGUCUAUGAUGCUCCCUUCAGGACAUCAUACCCCGUUAUUGGGCCCCUCGUCUCCCAACUUCUCCGAAGACCUAUCUCGCUUUCCGUCCGAGUCCCUACACUCAUUCUCCUUCGCCCACCAAUCUGAGGACUUUAUACACAACCGUCAAAAUGUGCUAAAACGGUCUAUAGAGUUCAUGAAAGACCGCAUGGGAUGGGCAGUUUCGUCGAAUGCGGCCAUGGCUAGCGCCCAAGCUAGGGUUUCCGGUGAUAUCGAAACCCAGCAUAUGCUUGAUCUUCUUGCUAGGGCACAGUUGGUCGGAGCUGGAAACUUGCCAAAUGCCAACUCUUCCUUUAAUCCAGGCCCGUUGACCGGACCCGCUCAAGUCUCUCAGGGUAAUGUUUUCGAGAAAGACUUCAUACCGAGGACAAGCAGCCCCGAGUCCUUCGUAACACCGCUUGUAUCUCCAAUUUCCCGAGGACCUGCCGUGGACCAAAUUCCAGAUGCUACUGCACAGCCUACAGGAGGCGAAGGAGGCACGACACUAUCAGAACAAACGGAUGCGUCUCAAGAGCAACCAGAUUCUGAGAACUCAUCAAGAACGCCGACAAAUGAGAGUGGUACAACGGCCAAGACGUCUCCUCCCAUAUCCAGACGCCCGAGCUUAAGGAGAAACUUUACGGACGUAGGAACGGCUGAGAGGCAGCAAAAGCUUAUGGAUACCAUGGCGCAGCCUUUCCUUGCUGGCUCGUCAGAAGGUUAUCCCGAAGCAUUGGUAUCUCCUAUGCUCCCUCCAUUAUCUAUAGGUUCAUCACUCAGCGCAUCUGGGUCUCUAGGACCUGUGGUCCAUGGUCAUGCAGCUCGAUGGGUUCCAGCAGCGCAGGCCAUCUUCACAACCGAAUCCAAACCCCCAUGGACGAUAUUGGCUGCAAAUGACUUGGCUUGUUUAGUAUUUGGCGUGACAAAAGCAGAAGUUCGAAAGAUGGGGAUCUUGGAAGUUGUACAGGAGGAAAGACGAGCCUGGUUAGAGAACAAACUACUUCGCGCUGAUUCUGACGAGGUGGGGCAGGCACCUGCACAAACUGUACCACAACCUGCUCCCUCAGUUGGCUCGUCGUUAUUAGGAGGUCGUGGGGGUAUCACGGCACAAUUGCUAAGUAAACCAAACUCCAGAUCCCAGCCUCCAAAGACACCUGCCCGGCGUGCGCAGACUGUGCACAGCGGAGAUACUACGCCAUCUAAAUCUCGAGGUGCGAAUCAUCGCAGCUCAAAGUCGAGAGGGGUGUUACUCUGUGGUGACGUUGUUCCUAUACAAAAGCGCAAUGGGGCGACGGGUUCUGCGAGUCUGUGGGUCAAGGAGAAGAGGGUAGGGUUGAUAUGGGUCCUCGAAGAAAUUCAUGAGGAUGUUGCCCUCGUGAGUCUUGACGACGAUGGGAUUGUCACCAAGGUCUCCGGAGACAUGGGUCCAAUAUGGGGAGAUGAAAACCUGCAACCAGGCAUGGAUAUCGGGAAGUUAAUCCCCCGCAUUCCUCGACAAGGUAUCGAUCCUAGAUAUGGCGCAAUAGACUAUGCUCAAAUUGCGAAACGCAGGUAUUUUACUUGUCGACAUGGUGGGAAAAUUAAUAUCCCUGCUAUAGUCGCACAGACGAGAGGCCAGACUGAACUACGGGUUUCAAGCUUUCCCCAUAUUGCGGGCAUUAUCGUAGUCUCUCCUGAUACACUCCAAAUCAAGAGCUCAAAUUCGGCAUUCUGUGGGGCACUCUUCGGUUAUGAAAAGCCGGAGGGACAAUCGAUCGCUAACCUGAUUCCGGACUUCGACAAGGUUCUGGAAAUAUUGGUUGAUCACGAUGGGAUUCAUCUUCAAGAUGGCAUUGUAGUGCCUGAACAUAGCUUCAGAAAAGCGUCUACUUUGUUAGCCUUACAAGAUGGCAGGCCAGAUGCUACUAGCACAUUCCUAAAUCCCGACGGGCUCCCGGCGAAACACCGUGACGGCACCGAGUUAAAGAUCGACGUUCAGAUGAGAGUAGUAAAGAGUGAAAAGCACUCCAGCAAUGAUUCAGGUGCGAGCGACGAUGAGUCACAAGGAAACGAAAGCGAUAUUGAAUCAGAGGUGGUUUACGCGUUAUGGAUCACCUAUUCUCGUCAUUUACAUACGUCCAACAUGAAGCCACCAGUCGCCUCUAAUUCCAAAUCACCAGAGUUGUCCGGGGCAGUAUCUCCUUUACACCAACCCUCUCCCGGUCAGACACCAGCGCAUACACCGAUAGACAUGAACUCGGAUACGGAAGAUUCAAAGUCUAGACCUACCUCCGCUGCGUCGGGGUUGUCGCAACAACUUAAAGUUGUUGCAAUAAAUGCAGCCGCUAAACUCACCGGGGCAUCUAAGACUUCAGAAAAACAAUCACUAUCAUCAUCACCGCCUCAAACUAACGCUCCAGAGCGUAAAAAGACUAUCGAUGAUUUCGUCAUACUUGAAGACAUGGGUCAGGGUGCUUACGGCCAAGUGAAACUAGCACGGUACAAGUACAACGGUGGGAAGAAGGUUGUGCUGAAGUAUGUGACAAAGCGGCGGAUUCUCGUUGAUACGUGGACCAGAGAUCGACGCCUCGGUACAGUCCCCCUUGAGAUACACGUCUUGGAUUAUCUCCGACGAGAUGGGUUUAAGCAUCCCAACAUCGUAGAGAUGGAGGACUUCUUCGAAGACGAGACAAACUAUUACAUCGAAAUGGCGCCUCAUGGAUAUCCAGGGAUGGACCUCUUCGAUUACAUUGAACUCCGUGCUAACAUGGAAGAAGAGGAAUGCCGAAGCAUUUUUGUUCAGGUCGCUAGGGCGAUACACCAUCUCCACACGAAAGCGAAAGUAGUUCAUCGUGACAUCAAGGAUGAAAACGUCAUUUUAGACGGUGAAGGGCACAUUAAGCUAAUCGACUUCGGAAGUGCAGCAUACAUCAAGAACGGGCCUUUCGACGUCUUCGUAGGCACUAUUGAUUAUGCGGCUCCGGAAGUGUUGGCAGGGAAGCCAUAUGGCGGUAAAGAACAAGACGUGUGGGCUCUCGGAAUCUUGCUUUACACCAUCAUCUACAAGGAGAACCCAUUCUACAGCAUCGACGAGAUAAUGGACCGUGAUUUAAGAGUGCCAUAUGUAAUCAGCGAAGAGAGCAUUAACCUCAUCCGCUGUAUGCUUGAUCGUGAUCUCACGCGGCGGUACGACAUUGAACAAGUGCUUCAGCAUCCCUGGUGCCAGAUGGAUUAA